AUGGCCCACCUCGAAGCCCGUCGCCAUAUUUCGCCUGAUUCGGGGUUCCAUGUGACCCUUCACCCCCAUUUUAAUGAGAAGAUCCGGCAUCACAUUCCUCCAGAGCCCAUUCGCGAGGCAUUCGCCCCACCAAAGGAUCGUGUGCAGCUCUCGCAGCUUGACGAGAAGCAGCUUGACGAGCUAGCUUUGCUGGUCAAUGAGCGUGGUGUAGUGUUUUUCCGCGACCAGGAUUUGACUACAGAACAGCAGAUUAAGUUAUUUGAGCAUUAUGGUGUUUUGGACAGACACCCCGCCCAAAAGGACCAAAAGUUUGUGAAUAUCAAAGGGAGUCGCGAGGACCAUCGUGAGAUUUUGAAAUUUACUCCUUGGCCGAGUGGAGAUUUCCAUGCGGACACUUCAUUUGAAAUCAAUCCCCCGUCCUACUCGCUGCUGCGAAUGGAAGAGCAUCCAGCAGUGGGGGUCUCGCAAUACGGACUAUACGAUGCUCUGAGCAAAGCAUACCAGACAUUCCUUGAUGGGCUCCAUGCAGUCCACACCUCUCGGUUGCAAUACGACACAAUCCUAGACCUAUGGGGCACUGGCCCGAACCGCCCUCCAAUCGAUACACACCACCCCGCCGUGCGCACUCACCCUGUCACAGGCUUGAAAGCGUUGAAUGUGAAUCCUGGGUUUGUCACCGGGUUUGCCGAGCUCAAGAAACUCGAGUCCGGUGGGAUCCCUGGCCCAAAUGAGACGGACAAUCCGCUGAUCUUUUGCUUAGACAAGAUUUUGGAGUUCUUGGCAUAUCACAUUCAUUCCGCGGAUGACCACUACGUUCGGUUCAAGUGGGCAGUUGGCAGCGUCGCAAUGUGGGAUAACCGUUGUACAUUGCAUCGUGUCAUCCCGGGCACGUAUAAGGGAGAGCGCCGAGGCAUUCGGACAACCGUAUUUGGUGAAAAACCUUAUUUCGAUCCUGAGAGCGAGAGUCGGGAGCAGCGCUGGGCUCGUGAGCGGCAAAAUGCAGGACCGGCUGAUGGGGCUGAAUGA